AUAGGAGAGGACAAACCUCGCGCUUCUUUUAUCCAGUCUUCCUGUGGUGAAGGAUGAGUGCUGUUUUUGCCAAACUGGACCCCAGGAGGAUUGAAUGGGAAUCGUCCUGGUAUGGGCUCCAUUCGCGAAUCCUGCGCACCAAACCUGUGGACUCUAUGCAGGAGGGUUCAGAUGACCUGCAUGGCACCAGACUUGCCCGGAUUCUCACUUCAGUGGAUCUGGUGUCACUUGGGGUUGGCAGCUGUGCGGGCACUGGGAUGUAUGUGGUUGCCGGGCUUGUUGCUAAGGAAAUGGCAGGACCUGGCGUGAUCUUAUCCUUCAUCAUUGCAGCUGUGGCAUCAAUUCUAUCAGGAGUCUGCUAUGCUGAGUUUGGUGUCAGAGUACCCAAAACAACAGGCUCCGCCUACACCUACAGUUAUGUCACAGUGGGAGAAUUUGUGGCCUUUUUCAUUGGUUGGAAUCUGAUUCUGGAGUAUCUGAUUGGCACAGCAGCGGGAGCCAGUGCUCUCUCCAGCAUGUUUGACUCUUUAGCAAAUCACACCAUCAGCCGCUACAUGAUUAACCAUCUUGGAACAAUGAAUGGUCUGGGUAAAGGAGAAGAAUCUUAUCCAGACCUCCUGGCUUUGCUGAUCGCACUGAUGGUGACAGUAAUUGUGGGUUUAGGGGUAAAAAACUCAGUGAGCUUCAAUAAUGUGCUCAAUGUGGUGAACCUUGUAGUGUGGAUCUUCAUAGUUGUUGCCGGACUUUUCUUUAUCAGUGGAGCCAACUGGGAAGAUGGGAGGUUUUUGCCCUUCGGUUGGUCAGGGGUCAUGCAGGGAGCUGCAACCUGCUUUUAUGCCUUCAUUGGCUUUGACAUUAUCGCCACCACAGGCGAAGAAGCCAAGAGCCCAGACACUUCAAUUCCAUACGCAAUAACAGCCUCUCUCAUCACCUGUCUCACAGCAUAUGUCUCUGUGAGUCUUAUUUUGACCUUGAUGGUGCCAUACAACUUAAUCGAUGGAGAUGCCCCCCUUAUGGAGAUGUUUGCGGUUCAUGGCUUCCUGGCGGGGAAGUAUAUUGUAGCAGUAGGAGCUGUUGCAGGCCUCACAGUGAGCCUGCUAGGAUCCCUGUUCCCGAUGCCCAGAGUCAUCUAUGCCAUGGCAGGAGAUGGCCUGCUCUUCAGGUUCCUGUCUUUUGUGAGCCCCCAUACGGAGACCCCGGUGGUGGCCUGCGUUCUAUCAGGGUCUCUGGCUGCUCUGUUGGCCCUUCUGGUGAGCCUGAGGGAUCUGAUUGAGAUGAUGUCCAUCGGGACACUGCUGGCUUACACGCUGGUCUCAGUGUGCGUGUUGCUUUUGCGGUAUCAGCCAGAUAGAGACAGCUUUACCAGUUUCCUUACUGAGGAGGAAGAAGAGGAAAGGAGAAGAAAAGAGGAGAUGAUGGCAGCUAGUGGAAAGGAAAUGCAGAUCAACGUCGGUGGGGAGGAGUACAACGACAACCCCUGUGGGGCCAAGAACCUCCCAUCGAAGGGUGAUGAUGAAACGCUGAUCGGAAAGUCGGAUUCGGGGGGCUACCAGUCGGAAAGCUCUGGAUAUGGAGUAGGAGAGAACGGCAUGGAUGCAGACGGCCCUGAUAGCGCCCUGGUGGGUGUCUUAAAACGCACCCUGGGCUCUCACUAUUACACCCUGCGGGUGCGUUUGGGCUUGCCGAACCCGAGUGAUAGACCGACACCUGCAACAGGACGCACCGUCACUUCCUGCGUUCUUCUUUUUUUUGUCUUGACCUUCUUUCUGUGGAUCCUUGUCAUCUACGGUUUUGAACAGAUCUCAGGAGGGGUUCGCUGGGCAAUAAUGCCUUUUAUAAUGACUAUUAUUGCUGUCAUGGUAACUCUUGUCGUUACCAUUCUUCGGCAGCCGGAAAAUCCUAAAAAGCUGCCUUACAUGGCGCCCUGCGUGCCUUUCGUGCCAGUAACGGCAAUGCUGGUGAACAUCUACCUUAUGCUAAAGCUGUCCAGCAUCACCUGGGUGCGCUUCGUAGUGUGGUGCUCCCUAGGUUUGCUGAUUUACUUUAGUUACGGGAUGUGGAACAGUUCCCUUGAACUCAGUGCUAGAGAAGAAGCGGCCCAUGCCAGCUCUUACCAAAGGUAUGACACAGAGGUGGACGACAGCUUUACUGUGGAAGAAGACCUUCAUUCUCAGGAUGAUGGACAGGAGGGACAGUAUCAGGGCUGGGCAGCUGAGGAUAAAGGGUAUCAAUACCAGAACCAGCAGCAGUAUCAUGAACAUAGAUCUUCAUCUAACAGUCACCAUUCUAGAAGCAAAGGCAGGACCAAUAGAGGCUUUGAAGAACUGGUCAAUGAAGAAUAUUCACCUGAGUGAGCGUUAUAGACAAAAUCUGAGAGGAGGAUAGAUUUGGGUGACCAUGAUUUUGAUUUUGCCAAGUAGGACAUCCUUGUCGAUCCUAGGACAACAAUCUUAUCAACCAACCAACCAACUAGAUUUAAAGGCAGGUUUAGGGUUAAGGACUGAAUAACAUUAUCGUCAACAUACUUCAUCUUUAUGAUUUAAAACUCUAACAUCGAGUAAAAAAGAAACAUAGGUUCAAACAACCUAUUGCUUAAACUACAAUCCAAUGGGUUGGGUUUCUCCCUUUUUGACCCAACGCUGCAUGGUUGGCAAUAACCCAGCAUUUCUUCAGAGGGAAGUUGGUAGAGUUUGAAAGAAAUGCAGAUCCAGUAAAAACAUAAGUUGGUGAUAUAGAUCUCUGAUAUCCUACUUUGGCAAAACAUGGUCACGGUUACCUAUAUAGUUAUUGAACUAAACUAAACUAAGUAGUUUUUGGAGUGCAUUUCUUUGUGAACACAUUUUAAAUGUUAUUUAUUUCUAAACAGGUACUUGUCAAAUACAUAUGAAGAGCUCAGAUGAAAACCCUGCCAAGUGCGUCUGACUUGUUUUUUUGUAAAUGAGCAUUUUUAGGUCCUUAUGUUCAGGUUCAGUAAUUUCACUUUAAUGGCAAUGAAAAGGUUAUUAGCCAGUAGGCAGUAGCUGAAGUGUUUUAUGGUCACAAAUGUGGUAUUUAACCAGUUUCACUGUCUUUCGUUGAAAAAAGUGUCACUCUUUACUGUCCUUUCUGAAUAAAGGGGAAAAGCCUAAAAAAUUCAGUCAAUAUAUAUUCAGUAAACCUUUAACCAGGUAAAAAACUUUUUGCACCUGGAUAUACGGGUGCCGCCGUUCAUCCAUCCAAUUCUUCUUUUAUGCACUUAGAUGACUUUGCUAAAAAAGUUGUGGUGUUUAAUGGAUUCUGCCAACAAACCGCUAUUUCUGAAUGGCCUG